CGUUUGGUUCACGGUUUUAGGGUGAUGGUGUUUUGGUUAAGACGCUAAGGUCACCUUGAAAGAAAUGAAUUUCGGCUGUAUGUCAGGAAGUGUUGUGAUCUGGUAAAGGUAAUUUACGAAUCUUGUUGCAGGAUACUGGAAGUUGAAAACUGAAGCCUCAUUUUAACCAUGGAUAUUCUGCAAGAUAAAAAACGCUUCAUAGAGCGUGGCUCCCAUAAAGGAAAAGGCAUUGCAGUUUUCACUAGUGGUGGUGAUUCUCAAGGUAUGAAUGCUGCUGUUAGGGCAGUAGUGAGAAUGGCUAUCUACUUGGGUUGCAACGUGUUCUUCAUCAAAGAGGGUUAUCAAGGCAUGGUUGAUGGUGGUGACAACAUUGUUGAAGCUAAUUGGGCUUCAGUAUCAUCUAUCAUCCAUAAGGGAGGCACAGUUAUUGGAUCAGCACGCUGCAAGGACUUCCGUGAGAGAGCGGGUCGCCUGAAGGCUGCCAAAAACCUUGUUACACAUGGCAUCACAAAUUUAGUCGUAAUUGGAGGAGAUGGUUCACUUACAGGAGCAAACCUCUUUCGCCAAGAAUGGCAAUCACUCCUGGAGGAACUUCUUGCAAAGGGUGAAAUCACUGCUGAGCAGAAAGAGAAAUAUCAUCAUCUCCAUAUUGCUGGCCUAGUGGGAUCCAUUGACAAUGACUUCUGUGGCACGGACAUGACUAUUGGCACCGACUCUGCCCUGCAUCGUAUCAUUGAAGCAAUUGAUGCUAUUGUUUCUACUGCAUAUUCCCACCAGCGUACUUUUAUCAUGGAAGUUAUGGGCCGCCAUUGUGGGUAUUUGGCUAUUGUGGCAUCAUUGACUAGUGAAGCAGACUACGUGUUUUGUCCUGAAAUGCCUCCUCCUACUGAUUGGCCAACAAAACUAUGCAACAAAUUGGAACAGGAACGUGCAACAGGACAGAGACUGAACAUAAUUAUAGUCGCAGAAGGUGCAAUUGAUCGAGAUGGACAGACUAUUACAGCAGAAAUGGUGCGGCAGGUGGUUGUGGAAAACCUGAAGCAGGACACAAGGAUUACCGUUCUUGGCCACGUGCAAAGAGGUGGAAGUCCAUCAGCCUUCGACCGAGUCUUGGGUUGCAGAAUGGGUGCUGAAGCAGUAAUGGCAUUAAUGGAAGCAACUCCAGAGACUGAGGCAUGUGUAGUCUCACUCGAUGGAAACCAAGCUGUCAGGCUACCUUUGAUGGAUUGUGUUGAAAAAACAAAGGCAGUUGCAAAGGCAAUGGCAGACAAGAAUUGGGAGCUUGCUGUUAAACUCAGAGGAAAGAGCUUUCAGCGGAACUUGGAGACAUACAAAAUGUUGACCAGACUAAAGCCACCUAAAACAUCUUUUGAUUCUUCAGGAGCUGGAGUGGAAGGCUACACUUUGGCUGUAAUGCACGUGGGUGCACCUGCCUGUGGAAUGAAUGCAGCCGUUCGUUCCUUUGUCAGGAACUGCAUUUAUCGUGGUGAUACAGUUUGCGGUAUACAUGAUGGAGUGGAAGGACUUAUUGCUGGAAAUGUGCAGAACAUGAGCUGGUCUGAUGUGACUGGCUGGGUAGGCCAAGGUGGCGCUAUGUUGGGAACCAAGCGUACGUUGCCUGGCCAGCGUAUUGGUCAAGUUGCUGCCCGUCUGAAAGAGUUUAAAAUCCAAGCACUCUUAAUUAUUGGUGGCUUUGAAGCAUACCAAGCAGGACUUCAGCUUGCAGAGAACAGAGACAAGCAUCCAGAGUUUUGCAUACCCAUAGUGGUGGUCCCAUCAACAAUCAGCAACAAUGUGCCUGGUACUGAGUUCUCUCUUGGCACAGACACUGCUCUCAAUGAGAUUACAGAGAUUUGUGAUAGAAUUCGCCAGUCAGCCCAAGGGACAAAACGCAGAGUUUUUGUCAUUGAAACUAUGGGUGGAUAUUGUGGCUACUUAGCUACUGUAGCAGGUCUAGCUGGUGGAGCUGAUGCAGCUUAUAUUUUUGAAGAGAAAUUCUCCAUCAAAGAUUUGCAGGAAGAUGUGUAUCACAUGGCAUCAAAAAUGGCAGAGGGUGUUCAGCGAGGUCUUAUUCUCAGGAAUGAAAAAUGCAAUGACAACUACAGUACUGAUUUCAUCUACAGGCUAUACUCUGAAGAAGGAAAAGGAUUGUUUAGUGCUCGUAUGAAUGUUCUAGGUCACAUGCAACAAGGUGGUUCUCCCACUCCUUUUGAUCGCAAUAUGGGAACAAAGAUGGCUGCCAAAUCUGUGGAAUGGAUGAUUGAAAAGCUAAAAAAGCAUGCAAAUGGUGAUGGAACAGUGUUCACGAAUACUCCGGACUCUGUGGUCAUGAUGGGUGUUGUGAGAAGACAGUAUACAUUCACACCACUAGAGGAAUUGAAGAAAGUUACAGAUUUUGAGCAUCGUAUUCCUAAGCAUCAGUGGUGGCUCAAGUUGCGUCCAUUAUUGAGGAUCUUAUCAAAACAUGACAGUGCGUACGAAGAAGAAGGGAUAUAUAUGACUGUUGAAGAAUGUGCAGGAGCAGACUCUACUGUUAUUUGAAAGCAUACCUGAAUGCUAAAUAGUAAAAGUAUAGGCCAUAUUUAUGUAAUAAGUUAAACCAUGUAUAAAAAUAGCUACAGUUUAGCAAAACCUACGAAACUUUAUAUAGAAACAGUAAAGACAUAGUUACAGGGAAGUCAAAACAUCUUUGUAAAAUUGAUACAUGUCUUGCCUAACAUUAUUCAUAGUCAAGUAAGUUUAUACGUUCAUUUACAAGUGCAAGCAAUAUGCAUACACUGAAGUACAGCGUUCGUGCAUGACUUAACCCAUUUAAUGAUGUAAUUGUAAUGUGUAAAUAAGUUUGUAAGUUUUUUUUAGUUCCAGCUGUUGAUAGCUCAAGAACUUUUUUCUUCAUGUCUUAGCUUGUGAAUUUGUGGUAUGAACACAUUUAAAAGAUUGUUGCUAAAUUGUCAAAGCUACUAUCCUUUUCCCCUCCACCUUGGUCUUCCGUAGUGUUUUAAGUCUAUGCUUAUGUUAUCAAUUUGCUACUGUACUAAAUUAGGCACUUGUCCAACAUACAAGUUUGAAGGUUGUUCAUAUUUAACUAGCCAGCAGGACAACCAUUAGUAGUCCCUAGAGGUUUUAGUUUAAUUUUUAUCCAUUCAUUUACUCAUUCAUUGAUUCAGUCUUCACUUCGCUACAUGCUGAACAUCAGGAGUCACUGUCAAUGCUUUUUUUUUUUAUCUUUUAAGAUCCAUGGUCAUAUUGUGGAGUUAGGACUGUUGCAGCCUUUAUCAUAUUACUCAUUUACAGGUAGUAGUAGAUCUGACUUGAUAUAUGAUUACAAAUUAGCGUAAUCUUGUUUGUGUUUCUUAAAUAGGUCAUUGGUUUAUUUCUAAUGUUCUUUGUAGUCCAGAAUUUAUAAACUUAUUUAUUGACUAGUUCACAGGCAUUCUGACAAGAUGUACCCCUUCAGAAGAAAUUUGUUUCAUUUACCUUAUGGGGGAAAACAGGGCUAAAUGGUCACUAUCGCAUCUGUUACGGAGAGACAUUUUGAGUUGUUUUGGGAGUUUGUGUGGUGGUUGUGGAAGGGUGUGGGGGGGGGGGGGGGGGGGAGUAGCAAUGAUAAACUAGCUUUGCACGCGCCUCCAGAAUGGGGAACGUGCACAUUUUAUUUCUGAGUGUUAGUUGUUUUUGUUAAUAUUGUACUCUCUUAGUAAAUACAUAUAAUUGUAAGGCUAAAUUUUAAAUGUAUUAAGUGCUUAUUUCAAAUUUUAAAUGCCAUGUCAUAGGCUAUUUUAUGUUUAUAUCAGUAGUCUAUUGUUUUAAUUUAGGUUACUUGUGAAAUUUAUUCAUUUUACUAAGAGCAUGGUUAAAAUUGGAGGUAUUUAAAGUAUCUAUAUGGCUUUUGAUAAAUCCUCAUCAAAAACAUCCAUCAGUAAUUGUACAUCUCUAUUAUGAUGGCCAAAUGUUAAAUUAAUUACUCAAGACAACCAAAAGUUUUGUAAGGUUAUGAUUUAAUGUGCUGCUUGCCCCUUUUUAAUAGUAUAAUAGCUUCACAAAUGAAUUUCCUAUCUAAUCUACAUUUCAGUUAUAAUAUUUCACACGGCAUGGAUAUAGAUAUUUAUGAGCUUUUGUACCUACACUUUAAAUUUAAUCCUUUUCAUUUCAUCUCAAAAUCAACAAAUGGUAUGCAAAUAAUUUAGUAUUAUUAGUUCUGUAAGUACUUUUGGUAGCUAAUCAUUUUAUAUCUUUCUUCUUCCAGCAAAUACAGUUAAUGCAAUAUAUUUUUCAGUCUGUGGGAUUAGAGUUCCACAUUACACAGAUAAUUAACUGAGAAAGUGAUUUAUGGUCAAAGACUUAAUAAAUACUGUUUUUAAUUGAAAUUUAUAUUUAAAAUAUUUUUUUUAAUCACUAAUGGUUUUACUGGAUGAUUUUCUCCAUUACUAUCAAAAAUUUUUACUAUAUUAUUCUAAUUGAGGUGAAUGUAGUCACAUUGAAACCUAGUCAUGGCCUCAAGGAAGUGUAUGAUGUAAGUACUAUUUGUAUUUCCUAUUUGUUAUUCCUAUUCAUUUUUUCAUCUAAUAUUCGCAAACUCUUCAAAUUUAAUUUUUAUGUAUGGUGAAAUUGAAAUGGUGAAUCAUCUACCAGCCAAUGAAAGUUAAAUAUAAAAAGAUGAAUUAGUAUAGGAACAAACCUUAUGAUUCAGAAUAAUGGAAUGCUGUCCUCAUGAAAUUGGAGCUAAAAGUGUUUAUUUGCAAAACAUCAAAAAUGUUUUUUAAAGGAACCUAAUCUGUCUGCAUUUCAUUUACUGCAUAAAGAUACAUGCAAGGUUAUCAAAUUGUCACUGCAAACAACCCUCAUUAUUAUAUAACCAUGUUGUUUGUGGGCAUGCUGUCUCAAAAACAAAUUUCUGAUAUUUGUGUCAAUAUGUAUUUUAUAGGUGACCCAAUAAUUAAUUUUCUUGGUGGGAUCCCCUUAGACCAUUUAUUUGAGAGGAAAAAAAAAUCAUAAAUCUUUGCAUUUGACUCUUUUGUAGAUAAGCCCACCUUCAGCCAUUUUAGGUGUUUUAAAGCUAUUUUAAAAUGUAAAUAUAUAUUUUUUUUUAUUUAGUUAUUCUGUUUUCUCUUUGGUAGCCAACUUAACAAGUUAAUAUGUCAUUUUCUUGUCAGUAAUGAUAGAUAGCUUACUGAAUUGAGUGAUGUUAAAAUCUGCUUUCUAAAAGUGUACUUUGUACUGGUAAGGUAUGCAGCAAACAUGAAUACCAUUGAAAAUGGUGGAGAGGCAGAUCAUAAGUGGUGCGUGGCUGAUAUACCAUUUCUAUUUCACACUUUUUUUUAAAUAAGUGAGAGAUUUUUCUUCAGUCAUUAUACUACUUUGCAUGAACAUUAAUAAACUGUUAGAAACAUUUUCUUGUUGAUAAAAUUUUUAGUUUUUAGUUUUUUCAGUCUAAUUGGCUUUUUUAAAUGUUGCACAGGUCUUCAUUGGUAGUUGAAGGUAAUUACAAAUGGUUUUAAAUCAUGUUUACACAUUUUAUGCAAAUUUUUUUUGUUUAAUUCUAAACUUAAUAUCCUUAAUUAAAUACUACGUGGAAACUUAUAGUGAAUUUUUGAUUUAAAAAAAAAAGGAAAAAUGUAGGUUCGAUUUGGGAAAAAAAUAUAAGCUUUAGUAUUAAUAAAAAAAUCAUGGAGAGUUAUCUGACUUUUGUGUAGAAAAUUUGUGUUAUGAAAUUAAUGGUUACAAAGUUAAGUUAUAUUUAUUUUCAUAAUGUAUCAUUGCAUAUAAAUAGUAUUAUGUAUGUUGUAAGUACAAUUAAAUUUUAAGUUUUACUUUUUAAGUAUUUAUUUUAAUAUUGUUUUCAUUAUUUAUUACUUGUUCUUAUGUGUGUACCUAACUUGAAAUUGAACUUUCUCUCAUGAAAAUAAAUGCAUGUAGUGUAA